AUGGGUGGUGCGACAUCCACGAAUUCCCAGUCGGGUGAAUUUGAACAGAUCACGACGGAUAUAUUGAACGAGUUCGAAAAAUCACGUCAGAAGUUUCCUGAACUUUUUCCGAAACCAUUAUAUGUACUAGAAGCUGUCGAUCAUAAUAGGGAUGGUGAAUGGGAGCAACGAUUGCGAGAGGCGAAGGAACACCAUACUGGAGAACGUCUUACGAUUAUUCCUUAUAAUGUCGAAGAUUCGCAUUGGGUUGGAGUCAUAUUAAAAUUUGACGUGGAUGGGCGAAUUCAUGAAGCUGAAUAUAUUGAUCCAGUGGUGCAAUCGGAUCUGAAUUCGGACGAGCUACAAAACGAAUUUUCGAAAGUUUUCCCCGAAGUUCCUUUACAAUCGAGAAGUUUUCAACAACACGAUGGCGAGCAUGAAGAUGCAAGCUUACUUAUUAAAAGUUUAAUACAAGCAAUCCAAGAAGACGGUAAUCAAUUAGUUUUUCGCGAAAGAUGUCGAAUACUAGAAAGUCGAUUAAAAGAAUGUUUCGAAGAAUUGGAGUUCAGUAGUGUUAACGAACUUGAAUUUGGAAUAACGCAAAUCAAACAAGACAUUUUACGAUUCAAGGCAGAAGGAAAAGAAAAACUGGUACAAAAACGAGAAAUCACUUUACUUGAACUAGAAAAACUUCAAUCGUUAGUUGACGAAAUCAAAGCACUGAAACCAGCAAUUGUUUCAGAUUAUAGUUAUGAGAAGCUAGAAAGUCAAUUAAAAGAUAGUUUAGAAGAACUUGAACUACAGAAUACAGAAGAGCUUGGGAAACGAAUAAUGCGAAUAAAACAGGACAUUUUACAAUUCAAAGCAGAAGCGAAAGAAAAUCUAGUACAAAAACGAGAAACCACUUUACUUAAACUAGAAACAGUUCAAUCGUUAGCUGAUCAGAUGAAAGCGCUUGAACCCGUGGGAGAAGACCUAAGUGAACGAAUAGAGCAAAUAAAGGAACACAAUAUACAAAAUAGAGCCAAAAGGAAAGCAAAUGUUGUGCAGAAACUAGAAAAACUUCAAUCGUUAGUAGAUGAAAUGAAACCAUUUGAGAACGCCUGUAAAUCACAUGAAAACUAUAAAAAGUUGGAAAGUCAAUUACAAGAAUGUUUAGAAGAAUUGGAGUUUUGUAGUGUUAACGAACUUGAAUUUGGAAUAACGCAAAUAAAACAGGACAUUUUACGAUUCAAAGCAGAAGGAAAAGAAAAACUAGUACAAAAACGAGAAAUCACUUUACUUGAACUAGAAAAACUUCAAUCGUUAGUAGACAAAAUGAAAGCACUGGAACCAGCAAUUGUUUCAGAUUAUAGUUAUGAGAAUCUAGAAAGUCAAUUAAAAGAUAGUUUAGAAGAACAUGAACUACAGAAUAUAGAAGAGCUUGGGAAACAAAUAAUGAAAAUAAAACAGGACAUUUUAACAGACAAUUCGUCAA